AUGAAGUUUGUUUUGGGAAUUCAUCCUAAUGCUCUGGCGUAUUCCAUGACUACAUUAGGUGCUGGAAUGAUGAACAGUAUCUUUAAUUUCUACUACGUUAAGCUUUUCCUAAACCGAUACAAAAUUUCAGAAGCAGCAUUUCAUCAAGCACAGGUUGUGUUUAUGAUAUGGAAUGCCAUUAAUGAUCCUCUUUUUGGGUAUAUUCAAGAUAACUCUAACUUCACGUGCUGCUCAAGACGCCAAGUUUCAAUUUUAUAUGGAGCUCCAUUAUAUGCUUUAGCCUUUUUGCUGCCUUGGUUUCCUUGGAAACAUUAUGAAGAAGGUGAGUGGCUAAGUGGCCUUCACCUCAUUGUUGCCUUAUGUGCUUUUGAUGGUUUACUGACGUUUGUGCUUCUAGCUCAGUGCGCACUCUUUGCAGAAAUCUCCACAAGACAUGAAAGUAGGCUUCAAUUUAUUAGAUAUAACCAAGUAGCAACGUUAAUUGGAUCAACAAGCGUUCUCUUUUGUGGUCUCAUAUCAGAUAACAUGGAAAAUUUUGCACAUUUUCAGGCUUUUGCUCUUUUGGUCGCAGCAUUAGCAACAGCCUGCAUGUGUUACACAGGCAAAUACAGUACAAGUCAAUAUGAGCAGAGAGAAGUUUGUACGGAGAAGAGUCAUCUGGAAAAUGGUGCUGGAGCUCUUUCCUGGUCCUCAGUAAUUUCAUUAACCAAACAGAUUAUGACAGAGAAAAACUUCCUAUUUUUUGUAACGAUGAACUUCUUCCAAGUCUUCCACCUAGCCUUCUGCAGCAAUUUUAUGAUGAUCUUUGCGGAUAAUCUUAUUCCUAAGGAUGUCCUUUCUUCCUCAAUAAGAAGUAUCAUGUAUGGAGCAAGCUUUAUUUGUCCUCAGUGCCUUGUUCUUCUCAGUCAUGCUUCAUUGAAGAAGUUUGGUUAUUACAGAAUCAUCUUGUUUUCAUUUUACUUUGAAGGAGUAGCUGCUGCUGUCAUGUUUGUUCUAGGGCCAGAACACUAUUAUCUGUUGGCAUUUUAUCUCACAACAAACAUGGUAAUUGUCCAAGCUUCAUUUAGUUUGUUCAAUUUGCCUUUGGCAGAUAUUGUUGAUGCAGACUUAAUAAAGCACAAGCGGAGAUCACCCCUUUCCUCUAUGGUUUUUGGUACCAAUGCCUUAUUUACCAAGCCUGCCCAAUCUUUGGCUCCAAUGCUUGUGGUUACAAUACUAAAUCAAUUUGGAUAUGAGAACCUGAAUAAUAAAGUUGCUCAACCUGAUCCAAGUUUGUUUGUAGGUCUUCAUGAUGCCAUGUUCUACUUGGUCUGCCUGGUUCCACUUUGCAUUGCAGUCAUACAGAUCCUGGCGUGGACUCCCUUUUCAAUCCAGAACAGUCAUCUGACAGCUGUGCACUAA